AUGGCAGGUUACGUGACUCUCCGCGGUUCGGACGAUCCGCAAGAUGAGGGACUGCUGGGCGGCACCAGCAGCCACGCGGGCGAAGACUGGAAGGCCCGUCUCGCCACGAUGGGGAAGAAAAUGGGGGAAUCGAUGAACGCCGUCGGCGGGAAAUUGACGGAAUCAAUGACGGAAAUCGGCGACAAGAUGAAAAACAUCUUCCACACCCCGACGCUCGCGGAGCGCCUGGUCGAAGAAGCGACGGACGAGAUCUUAAUCUCCCCUGACUGGGGACGAAAUCUCCUAAUCUGCGACCUCGUAAACUCGGGAAAGCUCCCGGGAGGUGAGACGGUGCGCGCGAUUAAGAAGCAGCUCGGGUCGCGAAACUCGCACGUGCAGAUGCUGGCGCUCGCGCUGCUGGAGAUGGCCGUUAAGAACUGCUCGUCGCUCUUCUCCGACGUGGCGAACGAGCGCGUGCUGGACGACAUGGUGCGCGUCGCGGACGAGCCGCACAGCGCGGCGCAGCUGCGCGAGAAGGUGCUCAAGAUGAUCGAGGCGUGGGGCGAGUCCACGGAGGAGUUACGAGCCUCAAGAUGCGCGGAGUGGUCUUUCCGCCCCGCGACGCCGAGUCCCUCGCACCCAUCUUCUCGCCGCCCGCCAGUGUGCAUCCCUCAUUUAACAUAUUUAACUUCCCUCACUGUCUCGCUCCCGCUGCACCACCUGUACCUCUCAGAGCCUCAAAAUGCGUGGAGUGGUGUUUCCUCCUCGCGACGCCGAGUCCCUCGCACCCAUCUUCACGCCGCCCGCCAGUGUGCCGCCCUCAUUCAACCCCUUUACUUUCUCUCACUCCCUCGCUCCCGCUUCACCUUCUAUAUUUCUCAGAGCCUUAAGAUGCGCGGGGUUGUCUUCCCCCCCCGCGACGCCGAGUCCCUCGCGCCCAUCUUCACGCCGCCCGCCAGCGUGCCGCCCGCCGCCGUGCAAGCCGCCCACGCGCUGCUGGAGUCGGUGGAGGGGCAGAUGGCCAAUGAGGUGGCGCCACCUGGCGUGUCGAUGGUCCCGCGGCCCGAGGGUGGUCACAUGGUGGUGUUUGACAGCAAGGAGAUCUUUGAGAUCUCGAGGAAUAGCGUUGAGCUGCUGGGGACUGUGCUGUCGUCCGCUCCUCCUGAACAAGUGCUUACUGACGAGGUGGUUCCUGCACUGGCAGCGCAGUGCCGGGCGGCCAAGAGCAGCCUGCUGCGGUUGAUCGAGCACGAGAACAGCAACUCAGAGGCACCCAGCGAGACGCUCCUGUUCGAGGCGCUCAGCCUAAACGACGACAUCGACAAAGUACUGGAGAAGCUAGCUGAGCUCCGCAAACAGGCCUCCGCUGCUGCUGGAGGAGCGGGAGCAGGAGCAGGGGCUGGGGUAGGAGAUGCAGCAGCAGCGGCGGCAGCAGAGCAACCAGCAGGUGCGGCUGCGACGGCUGUGCCGCCAGUUGUACCUCCCCCAGCUGCUGCCUUCCUGACGAUGGAUGAGGAGGAGGAGGGUGGGGCUGGAGGGCUGGUGAGGAACCGGGGAGGGGGGGAUAGGAGAGCAGGGAUGAGUGAGGAGGAGAGGGAAUUGGCUGAGCUCGAUGAAAUGGUGUUUGGAAGGAAGGAGGGAGCAGGGACAGGGGGUGCUGGUGGUGCUGGAGCUGCAGGGGAGAGCACGCAGAGUGGGGCGGGCAAGAAAGAAGAGGACGAUUUGAUUGUGUUUUAA